GAGGCUCAUUCAGCUGCUGGUCAUCCGCUUUUAUUCGGCUGCUUGAGGCCUCGUCAACUUUUGCCGCCGCUCGCGUUACUUGAAGCGAGUCUUUGAAAAGUUUACAUGCAAACCUUCAAUGUUUACGCACUCCACCUCCUUUCGUCCAUUUUGUGCUCCAGCUAGGAUGAUGAAGAGUUUACAUUUCCGGCGCAACAUGUUUGAACGCGUCGCCUAGCAACAAGCUGCGUUUACACAAGAACGCCUUGACGUUUACAUUCAGGCGCCAGAUGAAAAUUUUCAUAUUUGGGAAGCUUUUUCUAAGUCAUCCUGAAACGGACCUUGGCUUUUGUUUUGUUGUUUAUAUGUCAUAACAACAUGAUGAUGAAAGCCACAAUUUCACCGGGGAUGUUUUGCUACUCCCUGGUGCUUUUUUCCUGCCUUGCUGUUUCCACGGUAACCACCGAUAACGAUGUCAGGAAACCGCCGUCCGGCAACUCUGCCUCCUCGGCGUCCGGCAAACACGCCACCCUCUUCCUUCUCACCGGCUACGAACCGCCGCUGAUGCUCAAGAAGGCGGAGGCGGAGGACGGCGACGACUGGCCGCUGCCCGUGGCCCAGCUGCCCCCCAAGCCCCUCCCCCAGACCAUGUUGCCCAGGAAUGUGACAGCCGACGCCCUCAAGCCCCCGCUGGGCGCCGCCCAGGUGGCGCCGCCCCCCAGGCAGCUGGUGGACGUAGACGUGUGCAGGGGCUACUUCGACGUGAUGGGCCACUUCGACAGCACUUUCAACUGCUCCAAGGGAAGCUAUAUCUACUGCUGCGGCACGUGCCACUACCGCUUCUGCUGCGAGCACCAGCGCAACCGGCUGGACCAGGACUCCUGCACCAACUACAAGUCGCCCGACUGGGCCGACCCGCAGGUGCCCGUCACGCUGCCCGCCGACAACAGACCCGACCCGGACUUUGAGACGCUCCAGCAGCAGAGCAGCAGCACGGCCUACGUGAUCGGUGGCGUGAUCUCCUUCACGCUGGUGGCGGCCGUGGGCGUGCGGAUCGCCUUUGCCAAGGUGGCGCGGCGCCCACGGAACCGAGACGCCAACAUGCCAAGGUCGCUGGUGGACAUCCUGCGUCACCAGUCCAGUCCCGUGCAGCACGGCGAGAGGAACAACAUGCUGACCACUGCCGACGGACGUCCGCCCAAAAACCUGUACACGCCCAUCCUGCAGAGCAAGGACAACCGCAAGCGGGGCGCCCGCAUGAACAACAUGAGCACGCCGCAGCUGUCGUCGGGGCCUAAACUCAUCGCGAGCAGCGGCAAAAGCCUGGGCGGGGGCCCGUUUGCGGGCAGCGGCAUGCGGCACAGCACCAGCCACGCGUCCUUCUCCCACUCCCUCCACAACCUGGCGCAGUUGCCGCCCUCCUACGAGGCCGCCGUCAAGCCGCAAAUCACCAGAUACAGCUCGCUCAAGAAGCUCGAGCGCGAGCUGGACGAGUAUCCGGGUUACUCCUGGUCCAAGCGGCGCUCGACCAACGCGCCACCGUCCUUCUACUCGUCGCAGCACCAGCUCCCCUGGGCGGGCGACUAUAUGGCGGGCUCGUCGCGCGGCACACUGCCGCUUGACGGCUCGCGUCCCCGCCCGUACGUGCCGCCCUCCACGCCCAAUCCAUACCCGCUGCCUGUGCCCGCGCACUACGCUGGGGGCGGCUUCAACUUCGAGCGGCCGCCGCGCCGCGUGCGCUCGCAGGAUCAGCUGCUGGCGCUGGGCGAGGGCAACACCCUGUCCCGCCUCCUCAAGAACCAGCAGCAGCAGCACUACUACAGAAACAUGAGGGGCGCCGACUCGCAGACGUUGCGCAGGUCCCACGAGCGACUCCUGAUGUCCCCCGACCGGCUGGAGGAUCAGCUGCUGGCCAUGGGCCUGAUGGUGGAACGGGGCGGCGGCGGCGGCGGCAUGGUGCCCACCAUGGGUCGCCUGAGUCACCACCACAAGGCGCAAUCGCAACAGAACAUCUGCGCCACGCCAUCCAUGGAGCGCCAUCACAUGGUCAAGAUGAACUCUCACCCCACGCCAGGCCACGAGCACGGCGGCUGGGAGGGCCACCCCACCGCCCGCCGCAGCGCCUUUGCCAACAUGCGGCAGAACACCGUCGAGCAGCUCCACUUCAUCCCGGGGGGCGGCGGGGGACGCGUUCUGAGGACUGCCAGCAAGAACGAGGUCACUGUGUGAGACCUGCUCCCAACGCCGCGCUUCAAGCUUGUUUGGGCACCGACAUCGAGUAAAAAUGAUGAGCGGAUUUACCUGACGCUAGUUUGGCCAUCCACACUCGCAAAACGUAACAAGGAGAUCCGCACUCACACACGCACACACACACAUACUCACACUAACUGAAACUCACACACAGAUUGAUCCACACAGACACGCAAACGAGUAAUUGGCGAAAUAUGCAAGGUAGGUAAAACCGUUUCUUUUUCUAUCGUGUGGCCUCCAGAGGACCCCCCCAAAGUCUAAGAAAACAGGAUGGAACCGUGUUGCACGGCGUGAGAGCAAACUGAGGACGAUGCGAAUGGAUGAUGGAGGAAAAGAAUUGAAGGAAGCCGCCGAUCUCCUUCUCCUUCCUUCGAAGGCUUGUAUCAAGAAAACAAAACAAAAAAAAAACCCAAAGUAACCUCCUGCGACAAAAUCUAUCUGCGUCGUCUCUUUUGAAUUUACUUCUAACUGCAUUUUAUCGCCUCAAAAUCAAGCUUUGACUUGUUAAAGGGAUGAAAAAGUGCAUUCCCCAUUCAUUUCACCGGGGAGUGCUUUGAGAUACGAGCAUGGUCACAAAUUCAACUCCCAUCUCAAGGCGCCACUCUAUUUGGGUGUUUGUUUUUUGAAUUUCAAAGUUUGAUUUUGAUGCACGGAGUUCAGUGUCUGAAAUGUCCACACCCCUACUUGCAUAAUCGCUCCUCCUCUCAGUGGCACAACUGGAGAAUACAAAAAAAAAAAAAAGCUGUCAACUCGUCGGCUGCUUUGGAGCAGAGCCGGUGCGCCAACGCGUCUUCGACUGUAUUUCAAGGCCCACAACCUGCAAAAACGGAGAAAUCCGCCGUGUCGUCGUCGCCGGCAGCGUUGGGCAGCCAUCGUGUGGAAUGCCAGCACUUUGGGAAGAGGGGCAUCAGAGCCACGGGCCGGACGGAUGCUUGGCCGGCGGCACACUUGAUGACACUAAGGGCUAUAAACACAAAACAAUUGAUGAGGUGUGCGUGUGUGUGCUGCGUGCCUGUCCUUUUCUGUUACUUUCUCGCUUUCAAGUGACUUAGGGCACACGCAAUCAACGUUUGGGAUGGCUGAGACGACGGGCGAAAAAAAA